AUGGGGGCAACGUCUCUGUCUGUGAUCGUGCGGAAGGCAGCAGAGCGUGUGGUGGCUCAAUCGGGUGGCGGGUGGGCAUCGAACCGAUUAAAUGGAACGUCUCUGUCUGUGAACAUGUGGAAGGCAGCGGGACGUAAAUAUCAUUCUACCCUGUCCUUUUGGGCUUGCUUCAUACUAACCGCGUGUCUCCCGGGGGAGCGGUUUGGGGACGUCUCUGUUUGUGAACGUGCGGAAGGCAACAGAGCGUGUGGUGGCUCAAUUGGGUGGCGACGUGGGUGGCUGGUGGGCGUCACCGCCGAAAAUCGCACUGAUCAAACGUCUCUGUCUGUGAACAUGCGGAAGGCAGCAGGGCGUGUGUGGUGGAUUGAUCCUUUUCUCCUCCAAGGUAAAUAUCAUUCCACUCCUUAUUGUUGGCUGCAUACUAACCUUAUGUCUUGUAGGGAGGGGGUUGGGGACGUCUCUGUCUGUGAAUGCGCGGAAGGCAGCAGAGCGUGUGGUGGCUCAAUUGGAGUGGUGACGGGGGCAGCAGGACGUGUGGUGACUUCAUCAUUUUCUCCUUUUAAUGUAAAUAUGAUUUCACUUCUUUCCUUUGGACGGCGUACUAACCGCAUGUCUCCUGGGGGAGGGUUUUGGGGACGUCUCUGUCUGAAGGCAGCAGAGCAUGUAGUGGCAUCAUCCUUUGGCUUCCCAGGUAAAAUACCAUCACACUCCUUUUUGAUUUUUGUUUAUCACACCCUGACCGAGCAUCUUCUAGGGGAGGGUUGGCGAAAGUCUCCGUCUGUGAUCGUGAGGAAGGCAGCAGGACGUGUGGUGGCUCGCUUUUUUGGCGAAGGGAGGACGUUCAUGCCUUUGCCCAUGGAUUUCUGUGGCUGUGCUAACUGA